CUCAGCGCAGGGCUGGGGCUCCGCUAUAAAUCCGGCCGAGGGCUGAGCCAGCGCAGAGCUGAGCUGCGCCCCGGUGGCUGCGUUGCUGUGCCCCACACCCGGACCUCCAGCUUGGCCCACACGCCUGAGCAGCCUCGUCCCCCAGUGCCUCAGCAUGCCGGAGUGCUGGGAUGGGGAACACGACAUUGAGACCCCCUACGGGCUGCUGCACGUGGUCAUCCGGGGCUCUCCCAAGGGGAACCGCCCGGCCAUCCUGACCUACCACGAUGUGGGGCUCAACCACAAGCUUUGUUUCAACACCUUCUUCAACUACGAGGACAUGCAGGAGAUCACGAAGCACUUUGUGGUGUGCCACGUGGACGCACCGGGACAGCAGGCAGGAGCCUCACAGUUCCCUCAGGGGUACCAGUAUCCAUCCAUGGACCAGCUGGCUGCCAUGUUACCCAGCGUGGUGCAGCAUUUCGGGUUCAAAUACGUGAUCGGGAUUGGUGUUGGGGCAGGAGCCUACGUGCUGGCCAAGUUUGCGCUCAUCUUCCCUGACCUGGUCGAAGGGCUGGUUCUUAUGAACAUCGACCCCAACGGCAAAGGCUGGAUUGACUGGGCAGCUGCCAAGCUCUCCGGCCUCACCAGCACGCUGCCGGACAUUGUCCUGUCCCACCUGUUCAGCCAGGAGGAGCUGAUGAACAACACGGAGCUGGUGCAGAGUUACCGGCAGCAGAUCGGCAGUGUGGUGAACCAGUUCAACCUCCAGCUCUUCCUCAACAUGUACAAUGGCCGCAGGGACCUGGACAUCAACCGGCCUGGGACUGUGCCCAAUGCCAAGACGCUGCGCUGCCCCGUGAUGCUGGUGGUCGGAGACAACGCGCCUGCUGAGGAGGGGGUGGUGGAGUGUAACUCCAAGCUGGAUCCCACUAACACCACAUUCCUGAAGGUAGGGCUGGUGGCAAGGGGCAGUAGGGUGGUUCCUGCUGCCUAUGAAGUGCCCCGUUACCUUCUGCCCCAGGGCUGCAGGGUGUCCCCAUCUCCCCAUUCCAGGUCCAUCAUACACCUUGGAGGUGUAUGGGGAGAGCAGUGUGACCCCAGCAGUGGCAUCCUGCCAGUGGGUCCGGGGGAUGGUGGGCAGUACAGGCACCCUCCCAAACUAAGCAUGACCUUCUCUUUGCAGAUGGCUGAUUCUGGUGGGCUGCCCCAGGUCACACAGCCAGGCAAGCUGACCGAAGCCUUCAAGUACUUCCUGCAAGGCAUGGGCUACAUCACCCACCUGAAGGAUCGGAGGCUGAGUGGAGGCACAGUGCCAUCUGCCAGCAUGACCCGCCUGGCACGCUCCCGCACCGCCUCCCUCACCAGCGCCAGCUCCGUGGAUGGCACCCGCCCGCGUGCCUGCACCCACUCGGAGAGCACCGAGGCCAUGGGGCAGAUCAACCACACCAUGGAGGUAUCGUGCUGAGGUCCACGCCCGCCGCCGACGUCUCCUUCAGAGCCAUCUCCCAUCCGUCAGCAUCCCGCCAGCACCCACCCGCCCCGUGGACACCCUCCACCAGGGCCCUCGCUUCUUCGGGGUCAAUUUGUCUUCUUUGCCGUUGGCCUCAUCCCCUUGUCUGGUACAGGAGAAGGAGAGGGGCUUCAUCCAGCAGUCACACAUGGUUCUGCACUGGUCCUCACCCUCCCCAGCAUCGGCUUGGCUCCGGCUUGGGAGGGUGGGUGGCAGGGGGACAGGGCCAGGAUGGGGUAGCAGGGUCAGGGUGGUGAGAUGGGGACAGGAUGUUGGGAUGGGAUGGGAUGAUGGGAUGGGACAGCACGUGGAGAGGACACAGGAGGUAGGUUGGUCUCUCAAGUUCAACUGAUGGCUGCAUAAAAGGAAGACAGGAACAGGGAGCAGCGCUUAAUGGGAGGUCACUGGUCUGUUCUUAGGGAUGCAGUUUUCAUUUCUCCCUGAUGGCCCUCUCUAGGGAGAGCUAGCACAGGAUCCCCCAGCACACCCAGGACUUGCUACCCCAGAGCUGGCUGAGCCUCGUGAGAAAUCACAUCCCAAACUGUCCCUUCGCCCUGGUCAUGUACCCUGAGGGCUGCCCUGGGGCAAGUGAAGAGAGGUCAGCCCUACUCCAGAAGCUGUAAGGGCAGGAGAGUGGCAUGAGUGUCCCCCUGCCUCUGUCCAUGCCCUCACUGGUGGUGGCACUUCCUUCAUCCCUUGUUGCAAGAAGGACAAUUACUGUCUGCCACCAGAAAUGCAGUGGGGAGGGGGGAAUUGGCUGGGUUGGCCCCUGCCACACUGUCAGUUCCACUUCCAGCUCUUGGGCUGAGCCAGCCAGGGUUCAGAGGCCACUGUUUUAGGGGAUGUCACACAGCAAAUCCCACCUCAAGUUUUGCCACAACCUGUGGGUGUCAUCACCGAGGAGCCAUUAGCAAUAAGAUGAGACACUCCCCCCGCCAUGCUGGGGAGCCCUCAGCACCCUCUGCCCCACAGGGUGCCUCACCACAAGGUGCUGACACUGUGGGGUGCCCUAUGGGAUGUGGGGAGCACUCCAUGCUCUGGCUUUGCCCACACAGCUGCCAGACCCACCGUGGCUCCCCAGAUCCACGCCCCACCUCCAGCAUUUUGCCUGUGCCCUGAGCGGGGCGUCUCUCAAGGGCUUGGCUCCCCCAGGGCCGUGGGGCCCCCUCUGGCCACCAACUCCAGGUGGCUCUUGCCUCUCGCACUCGGCACGGAGAGCCCUGCCAUUGCAUGACCCCAGUGAUGGCCACCCAGCCUCUGCUGCCGUGCCCAGCCCCUCCUGGGCGUGCUGAGGCACAGCUGAGGGUGGCCCUGCCUCUGGUGAUGGGUGCUCAGGUCUCUGUAGGUGGUCCAUGGGGGACCUGAGCAGGGAGCCCACCAGGUGCCACCGCCUGGGCGAGCAGAACCAGCCCGCUGGAAGCAGGUCCCACCCAGCCCCACAAAAGCUCAUCCUACCCUCAGAGCCCAUCCCUGCUCCCCAGUCAAGGGCACAGAGCUCCUGGGGCUCCCAGCGGGUGUGUGAGGGCUGUUGGCCCUGAGACCCAUGCCCCACCCAAACCCUCUCAUAGUAAAAGGCCACCCCAAAACACCAGUGUGCCCCUUUGUCCCCCACUUUGUUCUGCUGUGUGCUUCCUUCUUGGUGUGACUCUGAAAGCUACGUAGCUCCUUUUUACGGUAGAUACCGCUGCGAUCUCUUGUUUUCUCAGCGUGUCCUUCCAGAUGAUAUAUAUAUAUAAAUACCUAUACAUAAUAUAUAUAUAAGGGUUUGCCCAAUCCCUGACCUUUUUGGGUUCACUCCUCCUUGCAUUCUUGUCCAAGCAGUGCCGUGUGGUUUCCCUGGAGGUGGUGUGGCCGUGCUCACCUUCAGUUCCUCACCUUGGUUUUGUUGGUUGGUUGGUUUGGUUUUCCCUGGUGGUUUGUUCUUUUGAUUUUUGUUGGUUUUCCUUUUUUCCCAGUCACAGCGGAAUUGAACACGUUUUCCUGUCUGAGUGCAGCCUGGUUUUGUCACAGCGGCAUCGAGGCCGCAGCACUCAUGAGACAGCAAUAUGUAAACCGGAUUUAACUAACCUGUUGCUGUAGAGAGGAGUUACUGUGUUGGAAAUAAACCAACUAACUAAUAAAGAUGUUAAGAACCUGC